ACUACUCGAUCACUUAUCACAGCGAGACCGCCCUACGCCGUCCGUCGCUAAACCCCCGACAAUCGUCACCCAACCCGUUUCCCAAGGUCACCCCCGAACAGACGAGUUUAUGUCAAUUGAAAAUCUCAAGUCCUACGACCCCUUCGCCGAAGCCGACGAAGACACCGGCGAGACCAAACAGUCUCAAAACUAUAUCCAUAUUCGGAUCCAACAGCGCAAUGGACGAAAGACUUUGACCACCGUUCAGGGUCUCCCGAAGAAAUUCGACCAGAAGAAAAUUCUCAAGGUCAUCAAGAAGCAAUUUGCUUGCAAUGGCACCAUCGUAGCUGACAGCGAGAUGGGCGAGGUCAUCCAGCUCCAGGGUGACCAGCGCAAGGUCGUGCAAGAGUUCCUCAUCAACACCAAGGAAGGACUUGGAUUGGAUGGUAAGACCAUCAAGGUCCACGGCUUCUAAGCACGCCGCAAGUCGCCACCGUUCCUACCAGCCAUGGCUAAAACGCCUGCGGCUGACGUCCGGGUCUGAGAAUAGCCGCGAGGCAUAGCAGCCUUCCGCCUUUCGACGCCGCUCAGUAUCGGCACCCGAUGUGACGUAGUAGGACGGUAUACCUACCACCGACGGAAGAGGUUAU